UUUUAGUCACAGAAAUGGCUAAAAUAAAGCAGUGAUGUAUUUAGUGUAAUCUGUGUGAGAAGGAGCGCCGCCAGUUACAGGUACACACACAACAGUCGGAGUAAGUACUGUUUGGCGGACUGAUAUAUCAGACUGUAAUAAGGCCGCGUGUGGAGAGGCGUGUUGCUCCCUGGUGCUGAAAAGUUUUUAGACGCUUUUUUUCCCUUCACACGGGUUUUCCCCUCAGCAAACAGUUUGUACGACAUAGAAGCGAUGGUUUGUUAAUCUAAGUAUCAUUUUGACGGAGUUUUCAGCGUUGAAACCGCACUUCAGCUUACAUCAACAUGGAGUUCACCCACUCGUGCUGUGUGACAGAUACCUUGAAUUUUGACACACUGUAUGCAAUUCAGCACUUCAACCAAAUCAUCGAAGAUUGUGGCAGCAUAGAACCUUCCCUGCAAAAUUCUCCUCAUUUGCACAGCCGGCCACCGAUUUCUCUCUUUCCUACUGGCUAACGACAGCCAAUCCGGAAAAAGUGGGGAGGAGUUAACACGGACGUACAACAUAAUUGCAGAUUGGAUGACAGAACAUUUUGACAACUACCCCCACUCAGCGUCAACUGAAUCAUCUCCUGGUUCAUCCAUACCACCUUCCCCCUUGGAGCAUGAUGUCCACGUGCCCUCCGAUUUGGAGGUCAUGACCUCCUUACUAAAUGAGGAACUUGCUCAACUUGAGGAUUAUUACCUAUUCGAAUCAUCACCAAUGAAAGUGGACAAAUGGCCAAAAUGUGACAAAGGCUACCAAGCUAUGGCUACCCCAUCGUACUACCAACUGCCCUGCACGUCCUAUAAUCUAAACCAGUCUGAAUCAAACCCCAGGCUUGUUAACCUUUCAACAGGGGAGCUCGAUUUAAGAGGGUUUUGUGGCGGCCCUGUUGGAAGAUCUAAAACGUCGAGACCCUCUCCCUAUAGCUACGUUCGAACCCACUCUACCAGUCAAAGGAUAGCAUCAAACGGAUGCAAAGACGUUGAAGUCUUCGAGAAAGAGACAUGGACUUUCAAAGGGACUCAUUCAGGUUAUGCCGAGAUGGCUUUAGAUCAGUGUGCUGUAGACAAAAUCUUUGCGAAGAACCACAAUGGUACGAAAAAGGUCAGAGAAUGUGCUAUAAUGCUGAAGGAAGAAGAAAAGCGAUGUUUUACGGAAGAUGUUUUUUACAGAGCAGAGAUGAAGAAAAGUUUUGAUGGCGGUGCACCGCUGGACGCUCACCACAGGAGAGAAGGUCAGGUUCAUGGAAUGAAGAUGCUCGGCUAUGGUCAAGAAGGUGUUUCAAUGCCCGUGUUGCACUGUAAUGAAAACGGAAGCAAUCCCGCGUAUAAACACCCCGAAGUGGCAGAGUGCUACUUCAACCAAAUUACGGCCAAUUUAGACCCGUAUCACGGCUUUAUGAACGAGGUCGAUCCUCCAGUCCGAACUGGGGGUGUUGAUAACCAGAAUAUUGGCUACUCGAACCAUGAAUGCCUUGCAGAUCAGAGCUUUGAAUGUAUGUCCGGAGACAGCGUGGGAUCUUCUUUGGAGUUUCCGGUACAGAAACCAAUGCAGAGACUGAGAGAGAACUUGUGUAUGUUCAAGCCGGAGGUCAAAGUAAGUUGCUUGGAAAGAAACUAUGGAGAGCGCAAGCAAAAGAAACGAGACCAGAACAAGACCGCUGCUUACAGGUAUCGGCAGCGCAAGAGGGCAGAGCAGGACUGUUUGGAGGAGCAGCUUCACGGCUUGGAAGGCCGUAACAGGGAGCUGCGGGACAAAGCCGAAUCCGUCGAGAGAGAGAUCCAGUACGUCAAAGACCUCCUGAUCGAAGUGUACAAGGCUCGGAGUCAGCGCUUGAAAGAGGAUUGCAGUGCCUCAACUUGAUCUCAGCACCAGCUUUUUUUCUGUAAGGACAUCAGCUCUGACGGCAUGUUUUUGAUGGACUGUGAGGCUCAAAAGAGAGCUCACGCAAAUGUGAUGAAGGACUUGAAAUGUUUUCGAACACACUGUGAUAGUAGCUUUAAGCUGACCAGUAAUCUUAGUACUCUGAGAGCUUAUGUUAUGUUAGAAACAGUCAAGUUUCUUUGAGCUUUAUAUUACAAUGCUCUGUGCAGACUCAAAUCUACCAAAAUAGAACAAAAUAUGUUACUCUAUGUAUGUUAGCUGCACAGUGGUUCAGUACAAUACAGACUGUAAAACUGUGUUCACAUGGGCAUUCUUGGCAUCUACCGGAUACACACUAAUGUUAUAGAUGUUGACAUAAUGCUCUAUCCAUCAACUACACUGGCUACCCAUCUCGCUCCAUAUUCAAUUUAUAGUUCUAUUACUAACAUAUAAAUCCCUCAAUGGUCUGGCCCUGGUCUACUUAUCAGAACUUUUACACCCCUAUUCACCUGCAUGACCAUUUAUGUCCUCAGAUACUGGUCUCUUGCUGGUAGAUCAUUCAGUGUCAUGGCCCCAAAACUAUGGAACACCUUACCACAAACUCUCCUCCUCUGCUCUUCAUUUUUUUCUUUUAAAACUCAGCUAAAAGCCUACCUUUUUUCUCAGUACUUCCUUCCUUCUCUCUAAUUUGAUAUGUAAUUUAAUAUGCAUGUAAAGUGACCUUGGGUACAAGAAAGGUGCUAUAUAAAUAAAACAUUAUUAUUAUUAUCCAUUGCAAAGGUUUAUUAUUGAGCGAACGCACCUCAACAUAAUUAGCUGUAUGUCCAGCCACAUGUGGAGCCCACAGCCACACAAGUGUAUCUGUGAGAAUUUGUGGCCAUUAAAAAGGCAUAACAGCACUUGUACUCUAAUAUUGGACGAGUUCAGUAAAUUUGAGGUCCGGGCUCUGUGCAGGCCACUAAAGUAGCGCCACACCAAACUCAAACCAUGUCUUCAUGGACAUUGCUUUGUGCACAGAGGCACAGUUAAAGUGGAACAUUACGGUUGGCACAAAAUUCAAGGCAUGUAAUUUAUUUUAUAUUAAUUGUUAUAUACACCAGUUAGCUAAGAAUGUGGCUGUAACACCUCGGCUCCAUAAUGAUGAGGUGUCUUUAUAUUUUUUGGCAGACAGCGUUUUAACUAAAACUGUCCAGUUUAGCACAAAACAUUUAGUUUUCAGAGCCUUUAACAAUAGAAAACAUGGAUUCAGUGAUCCAUGUGUGUAUUUAUGACUUUGUCCCAAUUCCCAUCAUACUGUACAAAGCAUGCUAAAUUAGUACAGUACUAUUAGUCGUUACUGAUUUUGAUCAUUAAUAAUAUUCUCAAAUUAAUAAUAAUAAUAUUGUUUUCUGGUGCUAUGAUAAAAAAAAAAAAUACCUGCCCACAAUUUCACCAGCAAUGCAUUCAAUGCGAUUUCUGAUGGUUGCCAAAAAUGUUCAUGCGAACGCUGCCUAAGUAGCAAGCACAAGUAAUCAAUGAUAGUCAUGUGUACUGGAACUAUAUAGAGCACUGUAAUGUUAAGCAUAUUUUAUUUACAAUUUUUAUGUUAAUAGUUAUUUUACUUAUCAGUUUUAUUCUAUGUAGAACGUUUGUUUUCAAUUGCUAUGACUAAAGGGUGCAAGAGGACUCUAUUCGAACACAUUUAACACAGUGUACAUCAGCAACGUACUGUGGCUUAAAACCCACAAAUAAGUGUUGAAUUUUUUUCACUGGCUCAGGUAACAAAUGCAUGUCUGAAAUACUGAAGCAUGUUGGCUUUACUGCAUGAUUCACUUAUACCACUGCAUCGCGCGUCAUGACCGCAAGUAGACUUCAUUUCUGCCAUCAGUUCUUUUAUUGUUUAUUCUUUAGAGCGUGCAACCAAACUAGCUUUGUAAGGCAUGAACUAUUAUUAAUUAGUAUGGGGAUUGUUUGCUUUCUUGUGCAGGUACGCGCCAAACAAUCUCCGUCAUGAUGCUGACGAACUCAAAGACCCUGUAUUGUAGGCCUUAUUCAGCGAUCCACAUAUCCAGGUGCUUAUUAGGCCUGCUUAAUGAACCACACCUUAUAAAACUCAUCUUACAGAACAACCUUUUGCAGGAAAGGCUGUGUGAAACCGGUAUGAGCGUCAGAAUCAAACAGCACAAUAAAUGUGAAUCUAAUUACCAUCUUGUGUUUGUGUACACAGGUACAAAUAAUCAUUGUUUACAAAGCUUGUUUGUAAAUCCUCCUUUCAGAUUGCCGUUCUUUCAUGAUGUAAUAAUGGAAUCUACUAAUCUCAAACAAACAAAUUUCUAGAACCACUAUAAUAUACAACACGUUUUAGAACCACUUUAAUAAUUUCAGUAUUAUAUUAUGAUGCCCACGAUUACCAUGACUUAUAAGCAUAAAAGUCAUAAAUCUCUGGUUUACGGUAAUCACAUUUUAUUAGAUUAAGUCCGUGCAAAAACCAUUGUUGGUAAAUUUAUAUAACGACGUUUUCUCUGUUUUCCCCUCACAAAGAGAACUAAUAUAGAACAUUAAAAUAA